GGACAUUUGGACGUUAGCAAACUGGACUCUGCAUCCCACUGCAGUACAACAGGCGAGUUUAGCAGUACAAGCAGUAUACCGGAAGUAGCUCCCUUCCCUGUGGCUGGCGCCUCCAGUUUGUAGGAGCGCUAGAAUCCAUUUCUCGGUAACCACGCGGCGGGCCCCGCGAUCUCGCUCUCCCUCCAUCCAUUUCGCCGCGCGGCGCCGAAUCCGCCUUCUCCAACCUUUCCGAAACCACUGGCGCGGCGCCCAACCCAGGCCUCUCCCUCCCGUACUUAUAGAACAGCCCACCCUCCCCUCUCCCCGCUCCACCACCACCGUACCGUCGCCAUCUCGCUUCCGCACCAUUCCAGUUCCUCCCAGCAAGCCACCUCCUAGAUCCAAGCUCCCCGUAAGCCUCGAUCCUCCGUCCCCAACAACCUCGGCGCGGAUCCAAGAUGCGGAUGAGCUGCAACGGCUGCCGCGUCCUGCGCAAGGGCUGCAGCGACGCCUGCACCAUCCGCCCCUGCCUGCAGUGGAUCAAGACCCCCGAGGCGCAGGCCAACGCCACCGUCUUCCUAGCCAAGUUCUACGGCCGGGCCGGGCUGCUCAACCUGCUCGCCGCCGCGCCCGCCGACCACCUCCGCCCGGCGGUCUUCCGCUCCCUGCUCUACGAGGCGUGCGGCCGCAUCGUCAACCCGGUCUACGGCUCCGUUGGCCUGCUCUGGUCGGGCCAGUGGCAGGCGUGCCAGGCUGCCGUCGAGGCCGUGCUCAAGGGGGGCCCCGUCGUGCAGGUCGACACCGCGUCCGAUGCCGCUGCGGCCCCGCCGCUGCUCGGCGCCAGGGCACCGGGUGCGGCUGCCUACGACAUCCGUCACGUCGCCAAGGACCCCGACGCCGCCGCGGCGGCCGACCUCCUCCGCGUCGCCCGCGGCGGGCGCUCGCGGUUCAAGCGCGCCUCCUCCUCCACGUCCUCCAAGCCCCACCACAACAAGCGCGCGUCGCCCAGCCCUCCCUUGAGGCAACAACAGGAGCCGGAGGAGUUGGAACCUGAGCCGAUGGUCGUUGAGCACGACGAGGAGUCCGCCGGCAGCCACGACCACCAUGUGCAGGGGUCCGUUGACACCGACGUGGAGGCGGGCUCCCACGUGAGCCAGACCGAGGCAGAGGCCGAGCCGCAGAGCCAUGCGGCGCCGGUGAGCAGCCAGGUGCUGGCAGAGGAUCAGGAAGAAGAGGAUGUUGGGCUCGAGCUGACGCUCGGGCUCGAGCCAGCUGCCGCGAGGCAGGAGGCGCGUUCUGCCCGCUGCGACCUGAGCGCGGCGUCGAGCCUCAUCGGCCUGCGGCUGGAGCUGCCAGCCUGAGGUCAACCUCACCUCACCCCUGAGAAGAGGACAGUUUUGAGACCCCGCCUGUUAGGACUCAGGAGGGAGGCAAACAUCAGCAGCAGAAAAAAAAAUAGAUUUCCUAGGGUUCUGUUUUCCUUUUUUUUGCCGUUUGCCCCCCUUUCUUUUCUUGUAAAGGGUAAAAAGCUGGUGGACUUGCACAGCACAGAGUUCUCCUCGUACUUGUGUCCUGUACCCAUGUGAUGGUGUCUUUGUUCAAACUCUUUGAAAGUUUGGCUCUGGCUGUCACAAAGUCGAACUUGUUUAGUCAACAGCAACUGAGACCUCCGAUAUUCAAAUUGAAA